AUGGAAAAAAGAAAAUGCUUCAAUAAAAUUGAAAGAAAAUUCUUGUCGAAUAUCGUUUCAUCUUGACUUGUAACGAUGAAAUUCGAUUGUCAUUCUAUUAUAUUUUAAGGAGAGAAAGAUAAUCGGCUUACGGUUUAAGAAUUGGGUGAGGCUUCUUUAAUUUAAUUAGAGGUAACAGUAUCAAUAAAUGUUUGAAAGUGCUGGUGGCGGACUUCUUUAGUUUUAUUCGUGUCGACGAAAGAAACGGUACAAAUUUCUUUCUUUCUUGGUGUCUUUCUUUCAAGCACUCAUACGCAAUUAUCAAAAUUUUCAGGUUUCAUUUUUAAGUUCAUUAAUAGUUUGCACUUACAAUCGGCACGUUAAAUAUAUAAGCAAACGAGCAGACAUGACGACGAAAAUCGAUGAGUGUAAUGGCGUUAUGAAGAAGGACAGUCAAGCGAAUGAUAAGGAAAGUUCAUCCGGAACAAAGGUUAAGCGCAAAUCCAAAUCUGCUAGAAGACGCUUGAACGCUAUGAUGAGCAACGCAUCCUUGCACUUCUCUGACACGGAUUCCGAGGGCGAAUUGAUCAUGAUUACCAAUAAGAUCGGUAAACUUUCCGCGCGAGCCUCGCAAGAAAAUCCAUUAAUCUCUGUGACCAAUGCGGAAAUAAUCGAGCCCGAGUCUAAGGUCAAUGUCAAUCUGGACUAUCUUAUAGCCGACGGUGAAGCUAGAUCCCGAUCACGCGGCAGCUUUGCGGAAAAUCUCACCGAUGUUGAUGAGAUUUAUAGCGACGAUGAAAAAGAAAGUAAUACCUUAAAUGUGGUCGAUAACGAUUAUCAAGGAGAGACAGAUUUAGAGGAUAUCGAGGACGACGAGGACAUUCAACCUACGAUCUAUGUGACACCAAGAUCGGAUAUUCUGACCGAGUUUGGUGGAGAGAUGAUUACGACCAAGGAGGGCAAUGGACCAUUUUCUGUAGAGGUACGAAAUCGAUUGUCGCGAGAGGAGAUUUCUAUUGACAAGGAGGAUACCGAGAAUAUUCCGAAUAUUCCAAACACCGAUAGUGAGGAUAUGGAGGGAUCCGAAGACGAGAUUACUAAGCUGGAUGAGGCGGCCGCUUAUAAUCACGUGUAUGAAGAUUUCGACAUCCUGGCGGGAUCGCAAGUUGUCAUGACUAAUAAAAUGGAAAAUACUCUAUGUGUACCAGACACCGCUGAUGAAGCUAUCAGCGAUUGUCAUACUGAUAUCGAAGAUGUCGAUUAAAUCUUAGAUAAGAAUAAAAAAA